ACAUGUGUAUAUCCCCCUCCAAAUAAUGUUACAUUUUGAUAUCUGCUAAUCGAUAUCUGGAUCAUUCUUGUUUGAAAGUAUUGCUGGUUACAAAAUCACCAUGUAAAAAAAAGAACCUGUGUUCUUCAAGGCAUCCCUUCAUCAGUAUAAGACACUCCCGAGGGACUUUCUCUGAUCUAUUCUGAGAAAUGAUAGAGGCUCCGGUGACUGUUUCGCUCGGGGUCAUCCCCUCCCUCCCUGCCAAGCUUGAGCGGUUGCUGUCGCCGGAAGCCGACCAAUGGCGCCUGCGCAAGGGGGAGAGGAACAAGAUUCGCCUCCUCAAGGACCGCCUCCAGGAACUGAUGGACAAGUACCUGGUGGAGCCGUCGAACGUGGAGGCCCCGGCCUCGACGGCCAGGUGCUGGGUGAAGGAGGUGCGCGAGCUGUCGUACGACAUCGACGACUUUCUUGAUGAGCUCGCCCAGGGGCUCCGCUCGGCCGCCGCCGAGAAGAAUCUCCGUGGCAGGGUCGCUAAGCUCCGGGAGGGCCUGAGUCGGAGCCGGUGGGUCGCCCACGAGACGGCACGAUUCAGGGCCCGAUUGGAGGAGGCGAUUCAGCGGCACAAGAGGUACAAUCUUGACAUGCACCAGAGCCGGGCAACCAGGAUUGAUUCGGAUGAACUCCCAAUACCACCGCUGUACGGAUUGAAGGCGAUGCGCCUUGUUGGUAUGGACAGCUCCAUGGAAAAGCUUGGUGAUUGGUUGACUGGAGAUGGAGAGCAGCAAUUGAGAGUAAUGUCCAUUGUUGGACCUGGGGGAGUUGGCAAGACAGCUCUUGCAAAUGAGCUGUACUGCAAGCUCGGAAGGCGAUUCCAGUGUCGGGCUUUUGCGCGGUCAUCCCAGAAGCCUGACAUGAGAAGGCUUCUCACCAGCAUACUCUUACAAGUUCGUCGACAACAGUUGCCCGAUGAUGCAGAGCUGGGUAAUCUCAUUGGCACGAUCAGGGCACACCUGCAAGAUAAGAAGAUUACUGUGUUCCAUGAACAACAAGAAAUACAAGAAAUGGGCUCAGUGGAAGCCACACAACAUCAUACUGUGAUUACUCUGUCGUUGGAAUCCUCAGAUGAACAACAGGAAAUACAAGAAAUGGGCUCAGUGGAAGCCACAAGCAAACAGUGUGGGUACGUAUUUGUCUCAAAUAAAGAGAACGAUUACUGUUUUGUUGGAGUCCUCAUUGAACAACAAGAAAUAAAAGAAAUGGGCCCAAUGGAAGCCACAAGCAAAAAACAUGGUACUGGGUCGUGUAUUAUCAAGAGCUGGAAAUAAUGUGAAAAUGUUUUCUCUAAAUGAGUUGAGGGCUGCCACACGAAACUUUCACAUGUUGAAUUGCAUUGGCCGUGGAGGUUACGGAGCAGUGUAUAAGACAUGGAAGUUGUGGGAAGAAGGCACUGCUCUGUACACAAGCCACGCCCCAGCAGAGGCCAUCCAUAAAGCAGGUUGUCAAUAUGCUAUCUAACCGAACAGAGAUCGAUCUGCAAAGUGCAGUUCCGCCAUGUGUGCUGAAACAACCUUGGUAGUGCACCAGUGAUGCUGGGGAUUUGACAGUAGACACAUUCUAAAGCCAAAAGCAGCAAAUGCAGUCCAGCUGAAUCUUACAGUACAUAGGCCAACAUGGAUAGCGAUCAAUUGGGCACAACUGAGGUAUCGCCAAUGUGAUGUGAUGGGCUACCAGGUUGCAAGCCUGUUUGCCAUCUUCAGAGGUUCUCGCACCACCUAUGGGGUUUUAUUGUGUUGAGCACUGGCAAAUUCUCUAGGCCUGAUCCAUUUCCAUCCUGAUUUAGAACUGUAAGUGCAUGAUGAGUUUGAGAACUCAUCAUCUGUAUUUGACGCGCCUUUUCAGUUGCUAUGGAAAGCUGGCACUUGAUUUGUCAUGAUUGGCUGAGUUUCAUGUCAAUUCAGUAGCUGCCGCACCUGUGGGGUUCUGUCUAGUUGAAACCGCAAACCAGCUUCAACCCAGAAACUACAACCAGCUUCAACUGAACACGUACCAUGUACCGAUGCCGCCGAAAAGCAAACCACCUGUUUCUUUCGAUCACCGCAGGAGGAGAAAGAGAACCUGUUUUCAAACUCCAAAGAGGAAGUGAGUCGUGUGCCCUUCUGAGAGCCCUUCUGAGACACAAAUCUUCUGCCCCAAGUAGGUCCUGCAGCCUUGCCAUUGUGAUCUGUGGAGCUGGAGGCCUGGAGCCAAUGUUCCCGAGAGGUGAUUCGACCAGAAAUGCCCAUGAUACAAAAUGGCCCAAUGGUGCAACUUUCUGGAACUCAACUAUUCAUGAAGAAACUCAAGUUGCGUCUGCCGAAGCUGGAGAGCUGGUAGUUUUUCCGGUUGUAGCACCUGCUCCUGCAUUAAGCUUGUGUUCCAGUACUUGAUUCACUUUUUGUUUUCCUUUCUGUGGCUGUGGGCCUGCUCUCUGCUCGGGCUGGUGGCUCUAGUAGACUGAACCCGCUUGCUUUCUGAACCUAUAAUUCUAUACAAACGGUUUAUGCUUUGUUCUAA